AUGCUCGCGCGCUCGAUGGCUCUCCGCUUCGGUCGCCCCGCGGGAUUUCUUGGGCGGCGCGCCCUCAGCACCAACUCCAACAACGCACCCUUCCCCGACAAGCUGGCUUUUGCUUUUGAUAUUGACGGAGUACUCAAGCAGGGGAAGUUUGUGCUUCCGCAGGCUAAGCGGGUCAUGAAGAUGCUUACUGGGGAGGACGGGCGGUUGCCACGACCAGUACCCUUCCUCCUCAUGACGAAUGGCGGUGGCGUGGUCGACUCUGAACGAGUCAAACUCCUCUCGCGGGAUCUCGGCGUCGAGCUUAACGAAAACCAGCUCGUGCAAAGCCACACGCCGCUCAAGCCCGCCAUGGCUCAGUUCGCGGACAAGGUCGUCCUCUGCAUCGGUGGCCCGAAGGACGCAGCGCGUAAGGUCGCUGAAUCAUACGGCCUGCGCAAGGCGGUCCUUCCUCAUGACAUCCUGCACUGGAACCGCACCAUCUGGGAUCGGUACAAGUUUGGGCCUGCCGACGAGGAACUCGUCCGCCACGACAUCAACUUCACAACCACCCCCGUCAGUGCGAUCUUCGUCCUCCACGACAGCUACGACUGGGGCCGCGACUUGACGAUCAUCAACGAGCUCAUGCAGUCUGAAGGCGGGUUACUGGGCACUGUCCGUGAGGACAGGCACAUCCAGAAGCCUGGCGGGGAGAUCCCGCUCUUCUUCUCCAACCCCGACCUGGAGUGGAAGUCUGACUACCCCGUCGUGCGCCUGGGGAUGGGCGCGUUCUCCCUUUCCGUCAGCGCGGUGUACAAGGCGACAACCGGGUUAGAUCUGCCAUUUACGCAGAUCGGUAAGCCCCACCGCCUGACGUACGAGUUUGCGGACUCGAUGCUCCGGCGACGCGUCAAGGAACUGCGAGGGGCAGACCAGGACUUGAACGUAUACAUGAUAGGCGACAACCCGCUAUCUGACAUCUGGGGCGCCAAUAACUUUGGGUGGGACUCGAUUCUACUCCGCACCGGGGUGUACCAGGGCGGGGAACCAAGCCACAUCCCCACGGCGAUCUGUGACGACGUCGAGCUGGCCGUCGACUGGGCGUUCAAGAACGAGCGCAUGAGGUCAGCGAAGGAGGCGUAG